AUGUUUACCGUUUCGGAGCUGGUUGUCUUGCUGGCCGUCCUGUCUGCCACCGCGUCCGGCUACUUCGUUAGCAUAGACGCCCAUGCCGAGGAGUGCUUCUACGAGCAGGUCAACUCCGGCACCAAGAUGGGCCUGAUGUUUGAGGUUGCCGAAGGAGGCUUCCUGGACAUCGACGUUGAGAUAACGGGGCCUGAUGGUAAGCAGAUUUACAAAGGUGACAGGGAGUCCAGUGGCAAGUACUCGGUGGCGGCGCACAUGGACGGGACCUACAAGUUCUGCUUCAGCAACAAGAUGUCAACCAUGACACCCAAGAUCGUCAUGUUCACCAUUGAUAUUGGAGAGGCACCUAAAGGCCAAGACAUGGAGACGGAAGCUCACCAAAACAAGCUGGAGGAGAUGAUCAACGAGCUGGCAGUUGCCAUGACAGCCGUAAAGCACGAGCAGGAGUACAUGGAGGUCCGUGAGAGGAUACACAGAGCCAUCAACGACAACACAAACAGCAGAGUGGUGCUGUGGUCCUUCUUCGAAGCUCUGGUCCUGGUGGCGAUGACGCUUGGACAGAUUUACUACCUGAAGAGAUUUUUCGAAGUACGGCGAGUGGUGUAGUGCGAUUACAUGAUCCCUCUGUGUCCUCCACAGUUUUCUGCAACACCAAGACAGUUAUUUACAAUCUGCAAAUGAGACUGGCAGUUUGAGUAAAGCCUACUUAUGAUUGGAUCCCAGAUGUUUUGUUGUCUUGUUAUCUGUUCUGUUCCUUCCUUAUAAAUGUAAUAAUUGUAUGUUUGGAACGAAUGGCCGCAAGGUUCUGGGAUAGAUAUGAGUUUUCAUUAGGUUUUCAUUUUUGUUUAACAGAUUUUUUGUUUUUUGUUUUUUUUUUUUUGGUCCAAUAUUGUUUGAUAAUUACACUUAAGAACCGAUCCCUCACCAGUACAGUUUUGCCCACAAAAAUGAGUGUGAGGCUCAUAAUAUUAAGUAAAGGGCAGUCAGAUAAAAAAGGCUUAGAAAUAUAUCGGUGGAUAUGCGUGUGUGAAGUCACCACAGGAGAAUGCAGCCCUUAUUAAGAUUCAAGUGGGACGCCUUUCAAAUGAUAAACAAUGGCAAAAAUGCAAACAGAUUCCAUUAGCUCAUUGUCUGAGAUGCCGGGGGCUUUGUUUCCAAUGUCUAAGCCAAGUCAGACAAUAUAUUGAUGCUUUCAAACAACAAAUUGCACUCCUGAACAUGUCUAAUAAUCUGAAGGAUUCACAUUGCAGCUGGUCUUCUAAGGGAAACUGUACAGCUUCUGGCUCUGUCUGUUGAUUUAUAGCGAUCCUUGCCACCGGGGGCUUCAGCGGACAUCUUUCGCAGGGAAACUGCUUGACUCCCUACGUAGUUCAGAAAGUGGCAACAGCCUGGUGGUCUUUUGGCCAAAAAGUUCAGGUUGAUUUUAAUUUUCAAACAAACUUUGAAACUUCAACUUAGCGGCAAGAGCUGAGACAGGGUUGGAUUUUAUCUGGCCUAUUUGGGGUGCAGCUCCAAAGCAAAGUGUAGAGGAAUACUGAAAUGUUACGUGUUGAUUAAGGCUGGCUGGGUGGGGCGGGGUCUGACACCUAAUGACUGCUGUGUGCUUUAGUUGCUUCUACUAUAGUUAGUUCGUUGGGUUUGGGGAUUUUAAAUUAUACGAUUGUAUUAAAAUUUUGAAUUGUUUUUUUUUUUUUUUUUUCUGGAGCAUAUCCAGUGACAUGUGACUGUCUGGAUGAAGCCUUUCAAAUGAUUACGCCAUUUCUUUCCCCCAUGCAAGGUAAAAACUUACGUCCAAGGCAGUAGCUUGACAUCUAGCACACAGCUACAGCAUCGAAGGUGUUGCAUGUUACUUAAUAUGCUCCAGUUUUGUAUCAAGAAAUAUCUUUGGUGAGCUCAGGCAGGUAAACUGCCCUGUACACAGUCUCUCCUUUUUUUGUGUGAUUUCAACAAAAUCUGAUAAAUGGAUCUGUACAAAUGUAGAAUGGUUGUCUGUGGAAAAUGCCCCAGGUUUCAUAAUAAAGCCAAUAUUCUGUAAAAUUA